ACACUUCUCUUCCGUGGGGUUAUAAAAGAGCACGCUAAUAAAUCAAGACUUGUGUCUUAAGCUUGGCAUCGUUGGCAGAGCAUCGAAAGCAGCACCGUCUUCCGCUGUCCGACGAGAACACCUCACUGAUUUCAAGACCCAUUUGACUCCAGAAUCGUUUUGCGUUUGGGACCUAAUGGAUGAUACGUUGGGCCUCCUCAGGAUUCACAUCCACAGAGGAAUCAACCUCGCCGUGAGAGAUGUCAGAAGCAGCGAUCCUUAUGUCAUUGUGAGGAUGGGCAAGCAGAAACUGAAGACUCGUGUUGUGAGGAGGAAUCUCAAUCCUGAGUGGAACGAAAACUUGACUCUUUGUGUUGCUGAUCCAGAUCUUCCUGUGAAGCUUGCAGUGUAUGACAAGGACAGAUUCAGCCUCGACGACAAAAUGGGGGACGCGGAGUUUGAUGUCAGGCCAUUCCUGGAAGCCGUGACGAUGGAGGCAGACUUGCGAGGCCUUGAAGAUGGGACCGUGUUCAAGAGAAUCCUGCCGAACCGGCAAAAUUGCCUGGCUGAGGAGAGCUGCAUCAUCGUGAGCAACGGCAAAGUGGUGCAGAAUAUGUUCCUCAGGCUCCGCAAUGUCGAGUGUGGAGAGAUCGAACUCCAGUUGCAGUGGGUUCACGUCCCCUCUUCCAGGGAAUUGUGAAACUUCUCUCUCUCUCUCUCUUUCUCUCUCUCUCAUAUGUACAUUCAUGGGACUAGUUUCUUUAACUUGUGUUUUCUUUUCUUGUGCUCUUUUUUUUCUGCCGAACGAAAGACUCAGGUCUCUCAAUUGAGAAAAGCUAACAUGUCAUUAGUCAUUUGAGAAGAUUA